AUGGAAGCAAAGAAAAAUGUCAACAUUGUCAACCUAUACCCCACCUUCACUAAUAUUGUGGAUAAUGCGCCAGGCCAAGGACAAGAGCUAUCCAAGCAAUUCAAGCGCAAGUUGUCGCCGUGCUGUGAGAGUUUUGAUUCAAAAGGUUACUGCAGACAACAGAGCGAGUCAUCGGAGCUUCUUUACCGUGUGGUAGUGAUGAAGCAGCUGGAAAAGCCCUCGAGGGAGUUUGUACAUCAAGACUAG